AUGAACAGGGAGAUUAACAUUGGAGGAGUGAACCCUAAUGCCUGUGCGGCCUGUAAACAUCAGAGGAAGAAGUGCGAUGGGAGCUGUGAAUUGGCUCCUUAUUUUCCGGCAAGCCGGUAUGGAGAGUUUCAACAUGCGCAGAAACUUUUCGGUAUAAGCAACAUUCAGAAAAUCAUUAAUUCGGUUGAGCCAAAUCAAAGACAUGCAGCUGCCGAGUCAAUUCUCAUGGAGGGCAAUAUCAGGCAUAAUGAUCCGGUGCAUGGCUGUGUAGGUGUCGUCUGCAAACUUCAGUCUCAGAUUGAUUUAUAUCAGAGUCAACUUAAUGCUCUUAAUCAACAACUGAAUUUCUUUCGUGAAAGAGAGAAACAAAAGCUGUUUGAACACUUUACAAAGGGUUCAUCGUCAUCGUCAUUAUUAACACCACAGCAGAUUCAGAACGAUUUUGAUGCUUUCAAUUUGCAGCCUCCAACCCCGCCUGCUCAUCUUCCAGCUAGUAUCUACAAUUACCAGUCAACUAUGGAAGAAGGUGAAGAUGUCAAACCUUUCGACCUGCAAGGCAUUGAUCUCACCAUGGAGUACCCAUAUCAAAAUGAGCAAGCUCUCACUGGUUUUAAUGAACCUGGAAACCCUAAGUAUUUCUAA